AUGGACUUUUCUACCAUCUUCACCCUCGUUCCGCCUCCCAAGGUUCCCUCCCUUGCGGACCCCCUUAUCUUCCUGCCCAUCUGGGCUUUCCUUUUUACCGUGUGCUUGGUUACGAAGCUGGUCACCGCUUUGUGGCCAUCGGUUCUCUCAUACCUCUACCUUGUUGUAGCAUUUGCCCCGGACAAAAACUUUGUUGUCGCCGCCAUGUCCUGGCUUUCACUGCUAUGGCUUUGGAAGCCCUGGACCGCCGCGAUCGCUGACCUACGUCGCGAAGUCGAUCUCGCGAUUGACUUUGCAUUUCACGCGUGGUUCCUGAUGGCCUUCCCUUUCAUUGUCUUGACAAUCUGGGUCGGCCUGUUGGAAGUUCUUCGUCUUGCCGCCAAUGCCAUAGUCCGCCGAAUCCAUGACGCCAUGGAGUUCGAACUCGACCUGGACUAUGUCAUCAAAUGCUACUCGCCCAUGCAGCCAGGAUCACCCGGCGAUCGCGCCAUGGUCCGGCUCCUUGCCGACGCUGGAUACCCGUCAUUCGUCCUGAGAUUAACUCGCCCUGACAACGGCCUAUCCGAAGCUGGAUAUAGAGCUAUCUUUCGGGAUAAGCGACCGCGCCGCUUUGAGACAAAGACCUCGUUCGAAGAGCAGAUGCAAUCUCGGGCCCGAGUGAAGCAGUAUGUUAAGGAGCGCCGUGCAGAAAUCAUGGCAAGAAAAGAAGCAGAGAGAAUCGCCGCUGAGCAGCUGAACGAUCCGAAGCCAACAACAUUCGACAGCGAACCAGUGCCUCAGUCAAGAGAGACUCCCACCCCGGUGGUUCAGGUUUCUGCUUGGCCCAUUGUUCCCGAGUCGGAUCAUGUCACCGAAGACGUCACGACUGCCAGCGGAUUGAUAGAGACUGAAGAAAGUCUGGUCGGAGAUGAAGAAGACGGAGAAGACAGCAAAGCCCAGGAACCUGCGUUCACAUCUGUGGAGAACGGUGAAAGCUUGGCCCAGGAACCGGACACAUCUGUGGAUGAUGGUGAAAGCCCGCUGUACGUGUAUAUACAUAGCAACGCCCAGGAACCCGCCACAUCUGUGGACGACGGUGAAAGCCCGCUAUUCCGAGACACCCCCCUAUCCGAUUUACCCAGCGCCACGGUACCCGAAGCGGCUCAGGAACUGCCAACCUCUUAUGAGGAAGAACGUGACGGCCUGCUGAAUAUCGACGCAGUCCAAACCGAGGAACCCAAAGUCUCUUUCGAGUCGGCGGGUGAAGGUUCAACGGAGGACCAGACCUCGCAUGAGGAGGAGUUCGACGUUGAGAUGGCUGACGCGGAUCCCCUUGAGGGACUAUUUGUACCUGGCCCCUUUAUUACAUCUACCUGCUACUCCAACCCACCGGAGCCUAUCCUGCCAUUGGAAGUUGUGGCCCCAUGGUCUCCUGCUGGUCAGGAACCUGGUUACCACUACGAUACCCGCGGAUACACGUCAUUGUCGCCUGUUGUCGAGAUCGCUGACUACCAGACACUCCUGGAGGAAAACGAGUAUGCCAACAUGGACCCCGACCUCCUAGAUCGCCAGAUGGACGAUCUCCUAGCCGGCGUUACCACUCAACCGGAUCUAGCAUUCACUACCGAAGCUUCUUUUGAGGAGUUCGAGGUGUGGCUGGAUACCCUCGAUGUGGACGCCCCCCCAGCAGCAGUUCCCGCCGCCAACCCGUUGGACGAAGACGAAGAAAUGCGAGACGCGGAUUGGAUCCCGACUCCAGCUUUCGAUUCUGACAACGACUCGGUCACCAUGGAGGAGCCAGUUUCCGAGUUCUUCGAUCUAGGCAUCCUUCGGGAUUCUAGCAUAGAUGAAGACAUGGCCUCCGUAGACCUGAACGGCAGCGAGUCCGACCCCGAGGUAGAGUUUAUAACUGCAGCUUUGGCUCAGUUGACUCUUACUUUGGAUGUCGGCAACGUCAUCAUCACCGAGCAGCAACUAUCCCAGGAAGAUGUCGCAAUGGUGGAACUCCAAGGGCUAAUUCCCCCUGUCAUCGUCGUUGACAUGGCAGAGCCUGAGCAGUUAAUUCCCCCCACCGACAACACGACGGAGCUCAACAGGCCAACUCCCCCCGUCAUCGAGAUGGCGGAGCCUGAAGAGCCAAUCCCCCCCGUCGACGACAUUGUUCCGGAUGCUGUUCCGGAUACUCUCCAGCAUGAGGCAUUGCCCCCGCAAUUGCCGUACAUGGGAGACGAUGACGAAGAUUGGAAUGAGCAGAGCGCUGUGUCUGACGGUUCGACGACACGCAGCACGUCUCCAAGAGGCUCGGAAGGAGGUGAGCUACUCGUGGUAGCCUCGCCUGGGCCUUCCCUCGAGGAUGACAUGAUGGCCGCCUUUGAAGAAAGGGAUUUAAUGGCCGCUCUGCUCGGCAUGUCACCAGACCGAUUGUCAUUUUCCUCGCGAUCGAGAUCGACUUCGCUUGACUCGGGCGACGUGCCCUUAUGGGCAUUUCCCCCUGACAUGGUGAACGCGUCUGAAUCUGGUGCUGCCACCAACCUUUCGUUGAACCAGCUGUUCGACAAUUCCCGGACAAUCGAAGGCAAUCCUACGACCGAAAGCGCCGCUGACGACCUUUCGGCAGAGGAUCCAGCCUCAAGAGAUUUUGGGUCUGGAACAGACUCAGUUACGGAGGCGCAAGAGCCAGCUCCAGAGGAUCACCACCAGGCGGGUAGUUCCGAGUCCCCCGAGGACGACACCACCCUGGCCCCUGGAGAAGUUGCUGAAGAGCAACUACCGACGACUGAGACCCCGGUUCCAGACAAUGUACCGGCAAUUUUGACAACCCCCGAGCCAAACCGAGUGGUUCAGGUUGAGGUCGCGCCCAUCAGGAUGGGAGGGCUUAUUCUCCCUGGCGGAAAUCUUUUCCAGCCCGCGACUCCCGCCCCCAUGACCCCGUUGCCGCAGCAAGCCAAUACUCCCGACCCAGAGGCUAUCAGGAAGCAAAAGGAAGAAAGCCUGGCAAGGGAUCUGCGCAACGUCAUGAGGAGGCGCCAACCUGCUUCCAUUUUUCACCCCAAGCGACCGCAGAAGUCUUCGGCUCUCAUUCGCUCACCAGACGCCGCGGAGAGAGAGAGUAAUCUCCGAUCUCCGCAGUCCUUCCAUGCCUUGUCUCGCGCUGGAAGUGACGCUGAUGGUGGAGCGGAUGCCGUUGACGAAGGAGCGGCGAGGGUGAUGCUCGGUUCGCCUGCCGUUAUGAAGGCGAUUCGAGACAGUGAGGCUCGGCGAGGUUUUAUGCGUGAAGGCAACGCAGACGAAAGAUGA